GGUUGGAGCAAUUAUCCGGCGCUAAAAUAGCGACAGUGGGGGAGGUUUCCGUCGAUAUAGCUACACUACAAAUCGACAAUGGCGAAGCUCCAUUUCUUUCGCCUAGAUGAUUUAUUUUACGGAAUUAAUGGAUUUUGACCGGCCUUUGGUCGUGGUCAGCCUUUGCUGCUCUGUUCCUCACUACUGCUUCAGCUUUAAUGGGCUCAUCUUUUGGAAGUUUUGCAGCUCAGCGACUGAGGAGGAGAUCUCCCCAAUCCAGCUUACGCGAACCGGAAGAAGAAGAAGAAGAAGAGGAAGAAGAAGAAGAGCCAAAAGAUGAUCAUGCCGUCUGCGCUGCUGUUAUGGCUAAUAAUUACCUUGCUCUUCAUUUCGCUGUUGUUGCCCUUCACUUCAAGCCUUGACAGUUCAAGGAAGCCCACUAAAACUAGACCUGAGGUUAUUACAGCGCACCAUGGUGUUGUUGCAACUGAUGAUCGACGUUGUUCUAAAAUCGGGGUAAAAGUUCUUCAUGAAGGCGGUCAUGCUGUCGAUGCAUCAGUGGCAGCUGCUCUUUGCCUGGGUGUCGUGAGUCCAGCAUCAAGUGGCCUUGGUGGAGGUGCCUUUAUGCUUGUUAGGUUAGCCAAUGGGAAGGCACAAGCCCUUGAUAUGAGAGAGACUGCUCCCAUGUUAGCUUCACAGAACAUGUAUGCUGGAAAUGUUUCUAUAAAAGCUAGUGGCGCCCUAUCUGUAGCAGUUCCUGGGGAACUUGCAGGAUUGCAUAAAGCUUGGAAACAAUAUGGAAGGCUCCCAUGGAGAAGGCUUGUGAAACCUGCUGAGCGUCUUGCCCGAGGAUUCAAUAUUUCACGCUAUCUACACAUGCAGAUGGUUAGGACAGAAUCAAGCAUCAUGGCAGAUAAAGGACUUCGUGACAUAUUCACAUCAAAUGGAAACCUCCUGCAGCCGGGUGACAUUUGUCAAAACAAGAAACUAGCACAGACACUAAAAAAAAUUUCAAAACAUGGCUUGGAGCCUUUCUACAAUGGAUCAAUUGGACAUAAAUUGGUUAGAGAUGUUUGGAAGCUUGGAGGUAUACUGACUAUGAAGGACUUGCAGAGCUAUCAAGUUAAAAUAAGAUGGCCACUCUCUGCAGAUAUUCUAGGGCUUAAAAUAAUUGGCAUGCCACCUCCUUCAUCAGGGGGACCUGCUUUGCUACUUAUGCUAAAUAUUCUUGCACAAUAUGGGGUUUCUUUGGGAGAUUUUGGCCCACUUGGGAUCCAUCGAGAAAUUGAAGCUCUCAAGCAUGCAUUUGCUUUGAGGAUGAAUCUCGGUGAUCCUGAUUUUGUUAAUGUUUCCAAAGUUCUAUCUGAUAUGCUCUCUCCUAAGUUUGCAGUAGAGUUGAAGAAAACCAUAUUCGAUAAUAUGACCUUUGGUCCCAGUCAUUAUGGUGGGAGGUGGAAUCAGAUUGGUGAUCAUGGUACGAGUCACAUAUCCAUCGUAGAUCAUGAGCGGAAUGCUGUCUCCAUGACAAGUACUGUAAACUCAUACUUCGGUUCUCAGAUACUGUCUCCAAGUACAGGGAUAGUUCUUAACAAUGAAAUGGAUGAUUUCUCCAUCCCUGGAAAUAACUCUGCAGGCCUGCCGCCAGCAGCACCUACCAAUUUUAUCAGCCCAGCUAAAAGGCCAUUAUCAUCAAUGACACCUACUAUAGUCUUAAAGAAUGAACAACUGAAAGCUGUUGUAGGAGCAAGUGGGGGCGCUAUGAUAAUUGCUGGAACUAUGGAGGUAUUCUUGAAUCAUUUUGCCAAGGGAAUGGAUCCUUUCUCUUCCGUCAUGUCUCCGAGGGUUUAUCAUCAGCUGAUUCCUAAUGUGGUAUAUUACGAGAAUUGGACGACUGUGAUCAAUGACCACUUUGAAGUUCCUGCCAAGACCAGAGCAGCCCUUGAAAAGAAAGGCCAUGUCUUACAAAGCCUUGCUGGUGGGACUAUUUGCCAGUUUGUAGUGCAAGACUUAGAGACCUCACAGGAAGGAAGAUUUGGGAAGCUCACGGCAAUAAGUGACCCAAGAAAAGGUGGACUACCAGCUGGUUUCUGAAAUGUGGAAUCGCCACCCAUUUCCAGUCAAAAAUCACAUUCAUUGGGGCAUGCCCAUCCCAACUGAAGAAAAAAUUUUGGCUUGCAUUUUUUGAGUGGAAAAAUAUUCCAAUAAAGAAAAAUAAUUUGAAAAUUGCCUCAACCCCAUAUUGUUAUACAAAGGGUGUUGCAAGUCACCUCAAGCCAGAAUUCUCAAAAUAAAAAAAUUAUCCUUUUGUGUCA